CGUUCCCCUUGUGCAACAAACCCAUUCUUGCAACCUUGCAACCUUGCUCCCUGUUCCCAUAGCCCCACUCGUGCCUUAGCUGAUUGCCUCGGUUGCAUCCACGACAGGAUAGAUCGCUAUCCAACGACCUUGCUCCAAUACGAUAGGAUAUCACAGUACGGAACGGAACCCAACGGAACGAUGUCAUCUGCCACUCCUGGGGCUGCCAUGAAAGCUUCCAACGCAUCGGGUGCGGCAGCCGGUGCGAGCCCGGAAGGCACCACCAAAGUGCCGGSGGCGGUGAAAUCCCCCGUUGCCCUUACCGACAAGGUCGUUAUGGAAUACCUGAAAUCCAAGGGAAUGGGAAAAGCCGUCCUGGAGUUGCAACAGAAAAUCAAGGACGAAGAACAAGAACGACAGAAGGGAAAAGAUACCCGGUCCGGGACUCCCGCCUCCCCGAAGGAAGCCGUCCCGAAGAUCACGCGGGAACAGCUCGACGCCGACGAGGAAACGAGCCGGACCCAGCGCACCAUCCUGAUGAAAUCGACGGGGGGAGGGUACGGCUACGACCGAGACGCGGCAGCUCCGAUCGCCCAGUGGGGGAUCCCGGACAGCCUCGCGGUCGGCAAGGGAAACGGCCCGAACGCGAGUCCUUCCUCCGCGAGGGGUGGUCGCCAGCGGUGGGCGGCGGGUGCGAUGGGAGAGCGGGAAGCAAAGUCCUACCUCGACGCCUUUGUGGCCCUGCAGCUGUGGAUCUUGUCCCUGCCCGACGACAGCGCGGGAAUCGUGGGGUGGCAGCCRAAGACGACCAACGUCAUUGCCAAGGCCAAGGCCCUCAUCGACGUCGCUUCCAAGGUCACCUCCAAGCUGGAAAAGGACAAGACCAACAAGGAGAACGAUAACGAGAACUCCUCGAGCAACGACGACGCAGCGAAGGAGGGAAAGAGCGGUGGCGACGACAAGGUCGAACCCGACAAAGCARCUGGGUCGGAAGACGGUGCCCCGAUGGAAGUCGACGGCGAGGAAGAAUCCGACGAGAAGAAACCGCAAGACGAGAAGGAAAGCGAGGGAAAGAAGGACGAGGAACAGAACAAGAAGGACGACGGGAACACCUCCAAUGGCAACAAAGACGGCACCAAUGGUGGUGCCGAUGAACCCAAAGCCCCUCCGUCGGACUCGAAUAUUUUGGCCGCUGUGAUUUCGGAACUCACAAAGCCAACGGCGCCAAAGAAAACAGCCGAUGAUCCCGACACGAACGGCGUAUCUCGUUCUGCAGUGUAUCCCAUCCCGCCUUCGGCGAAGGCCGAGCUUCUCUCCGUAUCGUUUGCCUUGCUAGUCCAUACCUAUUGCGAGUUGUUAGAGGUUGGGAUGGAAUCGACUGCCCACGUCCUUCGCGAUGCCUUCAAGCCUAUUUACGAGCCGCUUCCCAGCGGAUACGGAAGUCAAUACAAAGACUUGUACAACUGCGUCACGACAGAGGACAUGGUGAAACUCAACACGCACAACUCCCAGCACAUGGAGGCCCUCGGACACCUCAAAACGAUUCUGAUACAGGUCGCAAGCAUCCAAGCAAAGAAACGAGAACUAGAAAACGACAUUGCCAAUGCAUCGUCCCGCGGAGGGAACRUCGAUCCGGCCCGCCAAAAGAAACUGCAGGAAUACGAUCACACCAUUGCGUUGCUGCACCAAAAGCACACCGAAUCCUCCCAGCGAGCAACCCAUGCCUUUGAUCGCAUGUGCGACAUGCCCUUUCUGCGCCGGGCCCGGGCCGUGCGCUGGCAGCUCACGCUCAGCACCACCUCCUAUGGAAUGCUGUGCCAGUUCCUGAAUUCGAACGUCGGUGCGGGUGGGAGCAACGACACCUCCUUGUUGGCCAUGAGCACGCUGUUGCAAACCAAAUGCGAGCUGCACGUGGAGCAACGGGAUCCGUUGCCGUUUACCCCGGUCGUUGUUCUCGAAGACAAMUACGCGACGGCCGGGUUGCCCGAAUCGGAUAAGAGCGCAACGAAACCGGUCUCGAAGCAGAAAGAAACGCCGGUGCAAUGGGCGGCACCGGUGAAAGGAUUGUCAAAACAAGAUCCGAACCGACCCUUUCCAAAGUUYCACCUCGAAGACGAGUACGAGAACGAACAAGAGGCAAAAGAGGGCAAGCAAUCGGUAGGGUUCAAUCGAUCGCUCUUGAUCAAUGGCUUUCGACGCCUCGAAGCCUUGGAGCGAAAACGAGAUUUUCAAGCCAUGUCGUCCAAGGCGAAAGACACGUAUGUAAACGAAUCGACCGUGCGAGCAAGAAGGGUUCUUGCAAAUCCGUUGGAACCUUCGAUCAUGUUUUCUACCCUCUGUGCCAAUCAAACUCGUCGUCGGGAUGAUGCCGAUCGUUCCCAAAAUGACUCYAGCACCAGCAACAACAAUUCAUCUAGUUUCUUGUGGGAAGAGUCGGGAAUUGGUAUAACGUGUGCAAAACUAUGUUCUCCCGAUGGACGAAGAAUAGCGGUUGGAUGCGAUGAUUCGGCCAUUCGAGUAUGGAAUUUAAUGGACAAUCAAAGCAAGGGCAGCAAUAGCAAUGGCGGAAAGCAAAUGUCGGUGGGGGAUGCCGGCCAAGUUUUGUUGGGUCACAAGAAUGGAUUCCCAGUAUUUGACCUUAGCUGGAAUCGCGAUGGGCGAAGUUUGCUGAGUGCCGGAGGUGACGGAUCGAUCAGGUUGUGGGACACGUCGGCGCAAGGCCCUUUUGGAGAAGUYGUCCAAUCAUCGAGUAUACUUGGAACAGUUGGACCGCCGGUGGGCAUUGCGACAGGAGGGUCUCAAACCGCAAAGAAGCCUUUGGUCUCCACUGCAGUUGCGAAGGAGACCCUGACGAAAGCUACAGAAAACCUGAGAAAAGACCCAGAUUUGAGCGUACCUGGCCUACGCCCCGAAUCAAAAGCCUACACGAGUGGUGCUGCUCUGGCGGUGUACAGAGGCCAUGCUCCGAAUACUCCAAUUUGGUCCGUUGCAUUUUCACCCUCUGGGUAUUACUUUGCUUCGGGAGGAUCGGAUGCUACCGCAAGGCUGUGGACAACCGAUCGAUCCGUUCCGGUUCGUCUCUUCACCGGUCACACUUCAAACUGCAUUCAUUCGGUUGUGUUUCAUCCGAAUUGCAACUACGUACUCAGCGGAAGCGAGGAUAAGACCGUUCGACUCUGGGACAUUCAAACCGGACAGUGCGUCCGGUUGCUGAAUGGUUGUCCAGUAGGAAUUUACAAGGUUGAAAUCGAUCCGUCUGGACAGUAUGCCUUUGGUGCUGAUCUGUAUGGCACGGUGCAYGUAUGGGAUUUGGCAACGGGGAAAAAGGUAACCGAAUUGAGGUCACCUCGGCAUGGAAAUGUUAUUCAUCCACCGGGUCCAGAUCAACAAAGGAGGCAGAGCGUCGAGAUGAUACAUGGCUUUGCAUUUAGUCCUUGUGGCAAAGCUCUUGCGACCGGUGGAGACGAUCGAACCGUUCGUAUUUGGGAUAUCAACAAGGCAAUCAAAAGUCCCGUUCCAGUCUUGAGCGAUCCUGUUAAGAGUUUCACAACGCGAAGAGCCGUGGUUAUGGACCUUCAAUAUACGAAACGGAACCUUCUGCUCUCGAUUGGAAAAUAUAUAUCUGCGAUAUAGAUUUUUCCGGUCCGAGGAAUUWGGUCAGUGUGAAUCAGUGCUGUAUUUUGAACCGAGAGUGGUUAUGGAAACAAAGUCAAUUUGUAGUACUCCUAAUUUUUUCGGUAGAACAGAAUGUGAGCGAAAUUAGUUCGAAUAAUUUCCGAUAAAAAAAAUCGUGGCUAAAGAUAAUUAAAAUACUAUUCGUACC